AAUUUUCUGUCAUCUGUCAUUUGUCGGACGAACGAGACUGCUGAUGAACAGUAUAUAUUCGGUCGUGGAAAAGUUAAUUACAUCUUUUAAAGGUUACGAACGUGAUAUACUGAAUCUGCGCAUCAUAACAUAAUUUGUACUGCAGCGUUCUCAUCUGUCCCUGUCUGAACCAUUGCUGCACUUGCUGCACAACAGUAUGAACACAGAGGUGUUGGCUUAUCCUGACGUUCUGGCAAAUGAAAAUGGAGGAGGUUUCAAUGUCCAGUCUGGACAACAGCAAACUAGAGGGCCUAGCUCAGGACGUCUUGUCUGAGCUGAUAGAAGACGCCUGUCUCGGUCUCUGUUUUGAAGUCCACCGGGCCGUCAAGCAGGGCUACUUCUUUUUGGAAGACACUGACCAAGAAAGCAUGAAGGACUUUGAAAUUGUGGACCAGCCAGGGGUGGACGUGUUUGGGCAGGUGUACAACCAGUGGAAGAACAAGGAGUGUGUGUGUCCCAACUGCAGCCGAAGCAUUGCUGCUUCACGUUUUGCCCCACACUUGGAGAAGUGCCUGGGAAUGGGACGUAACAGCAGCCGCAUAGCCAACCGCAGAAUAGUGACUGGUAACAAUACCAAUAACAAAUCAGAGAGUGAUCAAGAGGACAACGAUGAUGUCAAUGAUAAUGACUGGUCUUAUGGGACCGAAAAAAAAGCCAAGAAGAGAAAAUCCGAUAAGAAUUCAAAUUCACCCCGAAGAUCAAAAUCAUUCAAACAUAAGACUAUGAUGGGUCCUCGGCGUCGUAUGGAGAACCAGGAAAGCCCGCACAUGAUGAUGAAAGAUGAAACUUUUCGACAGUAAUGUGCAGACAAGAAAACCAAAAAGAAUCCAUCUCUGGUUUAUUGUUUUUAAAUUGACCUAUAAUUCUAUAUAGGUCAGUAUGCUAUGUACGUAUGUAUAUAUUCAGCCAAUAAGCUGAAUAUAUGUAUUUGUUAGUUUAAUUAACCUUUUUGUUAUUUACACAAAUCAUUACACCAAUUCUCAAUCUGUUACUUAUUUUAUUACAGAUGGCUCAAUUUUGAUCACUUCAUGUAUUAUAUAAAUAUGUGUCAGGGCAAUUAACAACCAGGAAAAGGUACCACUAUGUACAAAGUGUAAAAUGUUAGCUGAAAGGUUUUUGUGUUUAGAUACUAAGCUGUUCAGUAGACAGUGAACAUAAUUAUGAUUCCAUUUGACCACUUUUCAGACAAUAACGGCUAAUGUGUCUUUGUAUUUUAGACUCUUCAGAUUCACUUAGUUAAGAUCAUGAUUCUCUUUACCAAUGCAUGGAAUGAUUCCCAGCUGUUGUCACACCUGUUUAUUAUGAUUCUGGAUGUUUUCAAAUCCUUGACAAAUAUUUAGUUCACCAUAUAAACCUCCACUCUAUGGUUAGUUUGGAUUCUAUCUAUCAAACAAUAAUUUAUAUUAUAUGUUUACAUUGUGACCAGUUACAAACUUGUUGUGAUCAUGUAAAUAUUAAAGGUUA